AUGCCAGACGUUCUCAAAUGCCCAAAAUGCGACGCCAACGCCGACGUCACCAAAGAUGGAAAGUGGGCGCAUUGUGCUUCUUGUAACAACAUCUUCCAACCUAGCGAAAGUCCUGAUGUCAAGGAGGGUGACAAGGAAGAGUCGAAGUGA